ACAGGGUUUUAGGGUUAAAGCGGUGGUGCUCCCGUCAGGCGCGUGAAGUUAUUUCGUUGGCCAAGUAUAAGACUUUCAGCGUCCUUGUCGGGUUUAUGGCCUAAAUUUCCCUGCCCCACCCAGUAAGCAUGAGUUUCAGGCCGGGGCUUUGUAUUAUCGCGGGGGGAGGACAAGUUCGCUGUUAGCCGCCUCUACUAGAAAUUAGUAUGCGUGGUCAAGUUAUAGCUCAUGAAUAGCCCCAGCUGCACUCUUAAAGUUCUGGAACGCCGCCCGACACCUCUACUAUAGCAGUAAGCCGCCCUCAUCGUUAGCCGCCGCCCUCAUCGUUAGCCGCCCUCAUUCUGGAACGCCGCCGCCCUCAUCGUUAGCCGCCUCUACUAUAGCAGUAAGCGUGGUCAAGUUUUAGCUCAUGAAAGCUCCAGCUGUACUCUUAAAGUUCUGGACCGCCCCACCACUCGCCACUCGCCGACAGCCGAGCCGAGCCGUAAUAUUCUGAUCUGAUCUGCAAAUGCAUAGCGACGACCGCACAGCAUAUCCAUAUGUACCAUGCGAUACUACAUGCCGGCAUUCAGUCUGUUUGAAUUCGGUCCUUAUUCGAAGUAGGUACUUAUCUAAAAGACCCACCUCGGCCACCAAGGCCGAGGCUCUGUUUCUGUUGAACCGAUGGCUUUGAUGAGGAGGACGCGUGCCGUGGCCGGAAUCUUGACAUUUUGUGUCGUUGAUCCAACGUCGUGCGGGAUAGCGGUUUCCGGCCGAGCUUUGUCAUCGUGUGCGGACAACGAAACAUUCUGCGAAUCCCUGAACUUUUGUCUGGUAAGCACCGUUUUUCAACAAAGAAUGAAUGACGUAAUGAAUGUCUUGAAAAAGAAGUCUUGAUCGUUAUUCCGAUGUAGUAGGUGUUCUUGCCUGGCUUUGCAAUUAAACUCAAUCGUUACAAUCGUUUCAACGCAAUCCACCUCAUCCUCAGCCUGGGGAUGAUUGCAGUACGUGUUUCGACUACCCCCAGUUCAACAAAGAGCUACGGAGAUGCACACCGGCGCCGGUGCAGUUCGCCACGGACUUUUGUGGUGGGGGUGCUCUUUCCGUCGCAUGCCAAAAUUACGCCACCCAGAUGCACAACUGCAUGAGCACGUGCGGAAGCCUACAUCCGACCGGGGCUGGGGGAGAGUUCAUCAAUUGCGUGACCGCGAGCGACUCUUCCUGCCCGCUCACAAUCUGUGAGCAAGCCUGCGGCUGCAUCGGAGAGCCUGCGUGUAGUGAACCCUGCAUGGGACACUGCACGAAGUUUCGCGACGACGUUUUGCGGAAGCCGGAACGGUUCAAAACCCGCGGGGCCGUCGCUGCCUACGUGAACCGUUGCGUAUUUGGAAAAAAGCCGAAGCGCCACUCGUUUCUGGAGAAAAUGGCGACCGGUCGUACUACUGGCAGGCGUCAUGCGAACGAAGCCGACAUGGAAGGCCCCUGUGGAGAUGGUGCUUGACAGCGCGGAACUGCGCUUUUUUUCCGCGUCUCGAAGUGAUGAAAACGUAGCGAACAGGGGAUGGCGCAUCAUGCUAACGAACGACUACGAUAUCAAAACGCGAAGCGAGUCCUGAGAACGCUUUUGCUAAUGUCUUCUUUUCCCGCGGAUCUUGCUGGACGAGUGGCACUAGCUUCAGCAGAUCCAGAUGAGUAGUUGUAGCGCGCUGUAAAUGGAUUUACAAAUAAUGAACAGCGAAUUACGUCGGAGCGCAAGCGCUAGCACCAGCAC